CUUCCAUCCUCCACAAACGACGCAGCAGAUUCCGCGUGUUGCCUAAAAAGCUCCCAAAUCAGUUCAAAUUACUUGCUUCCGCCUCUUGGCUAACCCUAGAAAUCAAAGCUUCAGCCACCGUCAUCGCCAUGAUCGCCGGCCAACACACCGACGAAACUCCCGCCGUCCCCACCGCCACCAUCGGCGGGAAGCGUCGGAAGAUCGAGAUCAAGAGAAUCGAACAGCAGUCCAGCCUGUUCGUAGCCUUCUCCAAGCGAAGGACGGGCCUGUUCGGGAAGCUGGACAAGUUCUGCAAGAUGAGCCCGCGGGGGACGGAGGCGGCGAUAGUUACAUUCUCGCCGGCGGCCAACAAGGCCCACGCGCACGGGUCCCCGUCCGUGGAUCCCGUCCUCCAGCGGUUCCUGGACUACAUGGCCGGUGCGGAGGCGGCGGCGAGAAAGCGGUCGCCUCAGCCGGAGAGAAGAAGGCUGUCGAUUGUGGCGGCGGAGAGAAGAGACGGCGACGAGGACGGAAGUGGGGUUUCCUGCGCGGAGGAGUCGAUGGAAUUGGAGGAGCUGAAAGAGUCAGAAACGGCGCUGUUGAGAGCGAAGAGAGAUUUGGAGAUGAGAAUGUCGGAGGAUUUGAUCAGGGAAUCUCGCACCAAGAAAUUCUUGUAGCUCGGUUUCUUGGGUUUAGGAAAUUAGGAAGGGAGGAAGGCAUAGGGUUGUAGUAUUCUUGAAUACACGGAUUUUCUUUUUUGACGUACUUUUGAAUACACAGAUUCUGUAAAG